AUGAGACUCUCCUCCCGAUCCAGUUUUGGCUUGUUCCUUGUCCUGCUGCUCGUCGUUUCCGGACAUCCUGUUGACUUAGCCGUGCCAGCCCCGAGUUUCUCGAGCACGGAACUGCUACCAAAGGCAACAUGCACACGUCCAGGCAAUGCCGAAUUCUAUGGCUUUGGCAUCCGUCUUGGUAUCUAUUUGCAGAUACUGUCGACAAUCAUUAUCAUGGCCGUAUCAGACUCGAACUCAGAAAUGAUAUAUGAUCUGCAUGACGGUAACGCCGCCCUUCUGCUGGCCAUUCUCAUUGCUCUGGUCAAAAACACUCCAUCGAAAAGCGUUGAGCUUGCAGAUGUGGUCAUACUCUUGCGGUUGAUGUGGCUGAUCAUCAUCUGUGGCUUCUCGAUAGGACAUAUAGCAGCUGAAUUCAGAGCUGCGAGGAGCUCGGGCAAGUUGAUUGCUAUCCUCACUGCGCCAACCGCCGCCGUCUUUCGGUGGACCGUCGUGGGAAUGGUUUCUGCCUACAACGUCUGGUUCUGGUUUCGAGGAGUUACCUACCUGCGCAAAGAUGAUCAAUGCCAAACGUACGCAUUUUUCUUUGCGGAACUCGAUAUCGAGGGUGGGCUUCGCAGUCUCUACAGAGUUACCUCAGUCCUCCUUGUACUUUGCCCUCCGGGAUGGCUCCUCGCGUACCUAGGUUUUCUGGCCGGGGUCUUAGUGCUCGUCAUGGGGAUGGUACUUGCCUUCUACGCAUUGAUCCCAAUUCUUCUUCCGAUAUCUAUUGCUUUGCGAAUUUACGAUAUUUGCCACACAACCGGAGCCUCGAUUGAACCUGCACGUAAAGAGCCCGAGAAGAGGGGCGCAUUUUGGUUGAGACUUAUUUCAAUCACUUGGCAGUUGUAUGGGCCUUCGCUUCAAGAAAUACUGUUAACGUGGACGAAAGUGCGCGAGGGUGCUGCUGGCAACAAAUCUCGUCCCAUGUCCACAAAGGCCCGAACAAGCAAGUCCGAAAAGGUUUCAAAUUUAUGGAUUACAUAUAUUGGACUGGUCACCUUCUAUUACUUCUUCUCCAUCUUGGGGAUUGAGCUUUCUAUAUACUGGAAUAAGAUCAGCCGUCCUUAUCAAUUAGAUGCCACUGGUCAACUUAUCCCAUUUGUCAUCGGCAUUCUGAGUUUCAUCAAGGUUAUAGGGCGCGCGUGCGCGGAAGCCGAAAGGUUCAUCUAUCCACGAUUCCGAAAAGCAGUGAACAAGUGGUCAUUUUACCUAGAGACGAGGAGAACCGAACCUUCCAAGCAGGUUCGUUGCGCUUCUACACCAGAGCUUUCCUCAGAGAAAUUCCAGCCCGAAAGUCGGCCUAGACGCUGCAAUAGUCUACCCGAUGUGGGCCGAGCGGACGACAUGGGACCGGAUUCGGCGCAAGAGAGAGAUAAGAUCAAUGCCUAUCUGAAGGGGCAUUACACAUCUGACCAUGAGUCAUCAGAGGUAGAAGGGGUAUUUCAGGGACUUCGCGGCGGCCGAAGAAAACAGCUCAUUGCUCUUCCUUUGGUACGACAGGGCCCUGAAGCCGGAAGCGAGCAAGAGACUGUAUGA